AUGAGUUUCCAUCAAAUUCUGAAAAUAAGCCCCACUGAAUUUUGGAAUGAUAUAAAAAAUGAGUACAUUCAAAAAUUAUCCAACACACCACCUGAUGAAGUUUAUCCUUCAAAUAAUCCUGGUCCAACACUUCCAAAUGGAAAUGUUAAUUUCGAAUGUCAUUGUGUUAGUCAUUUAGUUGCAAGUCCUUGUGGUUAUCAUUUUCGAGAAGCUAUAAAUUGCCAAAAAUCAACAAACGAAGAAGACAUCGAAAAGGUAUCCUCCUAAAUAUUUAGGUGUGUUUUUUGCACGGCACAGCUUGUUUAUUUUAUAGGGUGCAUGUGGUCAACAACUUUUAUCAUUUAUGGAAUGCGCGAAUCGAACACAGUGUUUCAAAUUGAGUGAGGAAAAAGACGAGAAAAAAUGA